AUGACAAACCACUAUUUCUUCCGAUCGGACCUAACGGCGGCACGUAAUAGGUUACACGAGGCCUUUAGCGGUAUCUACGGUUACAACUACAAGUUAAAUCACGCCUUCUUCUUCCAAUUCUUUACCGACCUCGAGGACUACAUGGUCGGCCGGCGGGGCGAUCUGGCCCAGUUACUGACGAACUUCUUUAACCAGUUGCGCACCUCCAUUGUGGCCCUUAUGGAAAAGGCAGAUGGAUCAACAUCUGGUGUCGUGCCAUCCGAUCCUCAACGGAUAAACUGUCUCUCUGAAGCCCUAGGCAAACAGAACGCCUUCGACCGGACAGACAUGCACCUAAAGGACCAAUUCAUUCAGGUCUACCCGCCAGCUCGAAUGCUUGUCAACACGCUUGCCGUUGGGAGUAGACUGCUGAGAACAAUAGUUAAGGAUGUGAGUUAA